AUUUGCCACCCUACUCCUGCCCGCGUCUCUGCUAUUGUGGGCCUUCUAUCGUCCCUGCCUUGCAAUUACACAACCCAGUGAUUCCGAGAUGUCAGCGGCAUGUCCUCCUAAAGGAUCGUGUUGCAGCGCUUGCUUCCAGGGUCCCGCGGGACCAGCUGGCCUGUCUGGGAUUCCAGGUGUGCCCGGUAAUAACGGCCUCCAGGGGUCAAUAGGUCAAAAAGGUGAACCAGGCUCGGGUCUACCUGGACCCAAGGGAGACAUUGGCGAUCACGGUCAGAAGGGGGAGCAAGGAGAGCCGGGGGUUCAGGGACUCGUUGGUCAGCCAGGGAAGCUUGGGCCGGCCGGUCCUAGCGGAGAGAAGGGGGAGAAGGGAGGAAAGGGUCAACCUGGAGAAUCGACCUACGUGACCCCAGCACCGCCCUCUGUCGUCGCUUUCAGCGCUAGCCUGAGUGACUCUUUUACAAGAAAUUAUGGCGAUGUGGUUUGUUUGACAAUAUCCAAACGAACAUCGGAGACGCGUACGAUUCGGGAACCGGAGUCUUCACCUGCCUCACCGCUGGGGUUUAUUUCUUCAGCGUGACCAUCAUGGGCCAUAAUACCUCAGGACCGAGGCCAUAUGCAAUGCUGGAAAUGA